UAGAAACGUCGAAUCUUCAUUUUUCUCCAUCUCCUCGAAGCAAAAUUCCUGCUGAGAGAAAGCUGCAAACGAGAGACUUAUUUGGCAAACACGACCAAAGUCGCCAAUUGUAUUGAUCUCAGUAAACCGACAUCGGAAAAUCAUAAGUUUAGUGCAUUUACUGGUUCCAUUGCUCAGCUCGUGCUUUGUGAACGUCCGCAAAGAUGUCGGAAAGCGACUGGGAUACGGUUACCGUAUUGCGUAAAAAAGCCCCAAAAGCAGCCACAUUAAAGACUGAAUCCGCCAUCAACAAGGCUCGUCGCCAGGGAAUUCCAGUUGAAACCACACAAAAGUAUAACGCUGGAACCAACAAACAGCAUGUGGCGGCUAAAAAUACAGCAAAGCUGGAUCGUGAGACGGACGAGCUGCGCCACAAAACGUUGGCUCCAUCCGUUGCCAAGCUGAUCAUGCAGGGCCGUCAAGCAAAGGGUCUGAGCCAGAAGGAUCUCGCUACGCAAAUUUGUGAAAAGCCACAAAUCGUUAAUGACUACGAAGCAGGUCGUGGCAUUCCGAACAACUUGAUCUUGGGCAAAAUUGAGCGCGUGAUCGGUCUGAAGCUGCGCGGAAAAGAUAUCGGCACACCGAUGGCGCCUCCCGGUAAGAAGUGAAGUGUCGGGGGGCAGUAACAUCUCUCGCCUGCUAGUGGUUCUGCUCCAGAUGUAUGCAUCAUUCGGCACGAGGUCACAUUUAUUAAUUGUAACUUUUAAGAAGAAAUCGUGAAGCAUAAACCGAGAAACCGUAACAUCUUGCGUCGGUGAGCAGGAAACGGCUGCCGAACCAUUGGAAUGCUGCGUAACGUAUUCGAUGCUAUUCCUAUUAUGAUGAAAGAAACAAAUUCUGUAACUCACCGUGCAGUUUUGUAGUGGUGCAUAAAUCGGAAAUAAUAUUUACCCUGAUGAUAUGGAGCCUCUGUGCAAUGGCUUGUGUUUGUGCUGGCUUUAUGUGAGAGAUUCUUUCCGGGUUCAUUGAAACACUUUCUGAUUCCAUAAUGAAGGCUAAACUUUCGUCAGAUUAAAGCAUGCGAAGAGCGUCAAAGAAGUUCAAAUAUUGUGCGCAUUACUUAAGCUGGACAUUAUACCUUCUUAAUACAUGCAAAAUUUAAAUGGACUAAAGUGGUGUUUAAGACAAAAUUCGAAACUGUUUCAUUUGUUGGUAAAGUAAGCAUUUUUCAUCCAAAAUACAGGUUGCACAAAUAUUUCGAAAGUAGUGUUAUUACUUAUCGGCAGACAAGAUCGUCCAGUCCUUCUUUUGGUUGGAAAGCUCCGUAACAUUUAUAUACACAUAUGAAUAAAAACUGACAUUCUCUCUCCUUCCCAAGU